CGCCUCGCUGCGGGCAGCGGCGGCGGCAGCGGCGGCCCCGGUGGUGGCGGCGGUGGCUGCAGCCCAGGUGGCUCCAUGCGGUCGGAGCGAGAGGUCGGUCCGGGGCUGACGCGGGGCGGCGGCCGCGAGAAGUGGCCCAUGGACAUCCCGCAGCGGCGGGAGUCGCCGCGCCGCGACCCGGACACCGCACCGCCGAACCCUCCGCAGCCGCCACCACCUUCCCCGCUACCGCCGCCGCUUCACCCGGCGCCGGCUAAACAGCGAGAGGAGAAAAAAACGUCUCUGAGCAAAGUAGUUAUCCGACGGCUUCCUCCUUGUCUAACUAAGGAACAGCUGGAGGAACAGCUACACCCUCUACCUGCCCAUGAUUAUUUUGAGUUUUGCACUGCUGAUCCCAGCCUUUAUCCUCAUCUCUACUCAAGAGCAUACAUCAACUUUAGAAAUCCUGAGGACAUCCUUCUUUUUAGAGAUCGCUUUGAUGGCUAUGUCUUCAUUGAUAAUAAAGGUUUGGAGUACCCUGCAGUGGUUGAAUUUGCUCCAUUCCAGAAGAUUUCCAAAAAGAAGCUGAAGAAGAAGGAUGCCAAAGCUGGGAGCAUCGAAGAUGAUCCAGAAUAUAGGAAAUUUUUAGAGAGUUAUUGUGCUGAUGAAGAAAAAAUCUGUGCCAAUCCUGAGAUUCUUUUGGGAGAGAUUGAGGCCAAAACAAGGGAACUCAUUGCUAGAAGAACAACACCCCUUUUGGAAUAUAUUAAAAAUAGAAAAUUAGAAAAGCAGAGAAUGCGAGAAGAGAAAAGAGAAGAACGAAGGCGAAGGGAAUUGGAGAAGAAACGUCUGCGAGAGGAAGAGAAAAGGAAGCGCAGAGAAGAAGAAAGACGUAAAAGAAAAGAACUGGAGAAGCAAAAGAAAAUCUCUGAAAAAGAAAUAAGGAUCAAGCUUCUCAAGAAGCCUGAGAAAGGAGAUGAACUGACCAGUGAGAAGUACAAAGAAAAAGGUGAAGAAGCUGACAUUGAGGAAAAUAAAUGGGAUAAAUCACCUGGAUCUGGGAGCAUAAAAUCCAAGUCUUUGGAAGCUUCAUUAAAAGAACUCAAGGAAAAGUCACAAAAUGAUAGUGACAAAGAGCAAAGAGAUUUGGAGAGAAGAUUUCGAGAAAAAGAACCUGAAAGACAAAGGUAUCGGUUGGAUGAUGGCAGAAAGCAUAGAGCUCACUAUGAGUUUGACAAGUUUGUGAGAAGGAAUGAAGAAGAGCUGAAGUGGGGGAAAGGAUACAACCAAGACAGAGGAAAGAAAGGGAACUACAACUACAGCUUCACUAUGGAGGCAGUAGACAAACUGGGUAAAGAGGACAAGUGUGAUGACAUGGCAUCCAAAAAGGAGCGCAUAAGAAAUAAGGAUCGCCCAGCCAUGCAGUUAUACCAGCCCGGAGCACGCAUUCGAACCCAUAUGGGAUGUACAAGUAAAACCUAUGACUGCAGUGGGAAACCUUUUGAAGAUGCUCUUGAUAAAAAGUAUGAGGCAGAUAAUUCAGCUGGAGGAGGUUCUGAGAAGAGUGAAGAAGCAGAAUAAAACUACCUGAAGGAAUGACUUGUGAGAAAGGAUGAAUUUAAGAUUCAGUGUCAUGACAAAAAAAAAUCCAUAGGGCUGUUUCAGAUCUCCACUGACAACUGCACCAACAAAAGUCUAAUAGCUCUGCCUCUUUUUGUGAAAUAAAGGGAAGAGUGACUGGAGGCAUAAAGUAUCUUGCAGCUAAGGAAUUCAGUUGCUUUUUUUGUACAAAAAGCAAUGCAAACACUACUUGCCUAAUUUAAAAGCAGUUCAAUAUUUCAUUAGAUUUACCUUGAAAUAGCAAAACCACUAAUAGUUUUAAAGGAGUAUUUAUAAAAUACUUUUCAGAAGCUAUUUCACCUUUCAAAAAAUUGAAAGGUAGAUUUGCAUCAGUUUGAAUCCGAAGCACUUCUUUAGCGUGACAUGAAGGUCAUGGGACCCCCUCCUGCAAGUGGCAGUGGCACCAGCUGCUGCAGGGAUCUGCAGUUGGAUUUGGUGGGACCAGCCCCUCAGGAGGAAGUUUCGGAGCCAGUAGUGUUUGCAGGAUGAGUGAGGCCCACAGUUCACACAGUUGUGAGAAGUAUCUGUUGGUAUCUGUACCUCAUUGUGUUUACAUUGGUUUUCAAAUAGCUAUAGUGUCAGAUAAGUGUUAGUACAGCUACAAGUAUGUUAUUAGAGAGUUUGUAACAAUUUUCUGAGCCACUUUUGCCUUUUGUUUUAAUGGAUUCUUGUGCUUGAAACAGAAGAAUGCUAAUGCAAACCUCAGCACUUAAUAUAUCUGGUUUUAAUAAAUUAGCUGUUUUUUAUGGUUUUGACACUGACUUUGAAUAAAAAAGAAGUGGUUGUACAGUGAUGACUUUUUAUAAGCUAAUGUUUCAUAUAAUUUGCAGUUGUAGGAUUUGGAAAAUGUAUGAUACAUGAAUAUUCUGCAGUUCCAUCUCUUAGAGAAUUAAACACACAUGAAUGUCAACUGCAGUCAACAUUCUGCAAGAUCUAGGCAAAUUUCUGCCCUCUGAUGGAGGCACGUGGCUAUAUGUGUGUGUGUAUCUAUCUUCCAUUGGUUUCAGUGAUGGCUGCGUGUUUAUGGAAGGGCAGAAUAUGUUAAUUUAUCUUUCAUGGCUGAAAUGUCUUGGUUGUCUGAAACGGAGACCUGCUUUGUCAUUAAACAGUAAGAUACUAACUUAUUUUUACAUCCUCUUUGGGCAUUUUGUUAUUAAGCAUAACAUCUAAUUGUUCUAGACUGAAAAAUUAUUUAUUGUAUUUUCUCAGACACAAAGCAUUAAAUAAAAGCAAAAACAUUUUGACUAUGA